GCUCAAGCAGGGUCCAACCGUCGGAGAGCGAGCGGCGACGCGAGCGCAGGGCUGCGCACGGCAGUCAAAAAUGACAGAAGCAGAGAAGGACCUGGUGGCCAAGAUGCUGCGAGCAGUCCUGCAGUCGAGCAAAGAUGGUGUGCUUUUCACAAGGCUGCAGGGAGAGUAUAAGCAACUGACAGGUGAAGUGAUCCCUCAUAAGCAGCUUGGAUUUCCAACUCUUGAGAACUACUUGAAUAGCAUUCCUUCAGUUGUCACGUUUGGAGUUAAUAAAAAUGGAGAGACUGUUUGUUUUGCUGCUGUAAACAGUGAGAUUGCACACAUUGCUAAACUGGUGGCCCGUCAGCGAAGUCCCAAGAAAAGGCAUGGUGGACAAACAUUGGUCAAUUCCCAAGUGCGAUUAAAGCGUGUUUUGCCAGCCAUCCAAGUUGGCAAACCUAAAGCAACUUUAAGGCAACCGGAGUGUACUGACCAGCCAGGCAAAGGAAGCCGCAGGACUCCAAUGCCUACAAGAGGAAAAGGAAGUGUGCAAGGAGCAAAACCUGGUUUGGGAAGAGAUGUGCUUUCAGAUUCUAAAAUACAUGUUCCAAUUGCUGGUGUGCUGAAGGAUGCUUCAAUUCAUAAACCUCUGCCUGUUACCAUCAAUAGAUCUGAAAAAAGACCAACCAUGACGUUUCCUCCAAGAUUUCAAAAAGAACUUCAGGUGCACUUAGCAAAAAACACACCAAGUGAACAUAGUGUGGUUUGGAGAGAUGACAUAGAUUCUAGAAAGUCAAAUUCAUCACCGCCUCAAUCCAGCUAUAAUGAGUUGAUACAGUCUCGACUGAAGGAGAUCAUGGACAAAUACAGUAAUGGAAUUUGGCUAUCGAAGUUGCCACAAUUGUACAGAAAGAUGUUCAAUGAGGAUCUUCAGCAAGAUGUUUUAAAGCAGUUAGAACAUUGGACUCAUAUAUGCACUGUAGAAAAGUCAGCAUCCAGUGGUUUGGCAGAAUUGCUGCUUUAUCCUGCAAAGAGUGGCCAACAGCAAAAGAAGUCAAGUUUUCACCCAAAGUCAGCUGAUAAAAAAACAGAUAUAUCAGUUUCUAAAAAAAGUGCAGCUCAAGGAGGGAAACUAGUUGCACCUAAAAGCUUAGUUCCAAAGGAUUUUGAGGUGAAACAAAAAGUCAUUAAGCUAUUACAGAAGUACAGCAGUGGACUUUGGGCCAACGCACUUCCAAAAUUGUUUGAAGAGACAUACAAAAUGCAGUUUCCUCAGAAUAUUUUAAAUGAUCUUGACUGCUUAUCUGACAUUUGCACCGUGGAUUAUGCAGUGUCCGGUGAUCGCAAAAAGGCAAUUCUUUAUGCAAAAAUGGUUAAAACCACCAAUGAGCAAAAUGAUAAAUCUAAAGAGACACUCCCUCCAGUAUUGGUGACUCCCACUGCUUUGGUGAAACCUGAACUGAAAGAAGUCGUCAGUGAGGAACAGUGUGAUCUAGGACUUCAGUCUCACAAAACCUGUAAUGAUCCUGAACGUCUGGCAUUAACUGAAAAUGAGGUGACUGUGGUUACGAGUGAACUUAAAGAAAGUUGUUCGAUGCAAUCUUUGCCUUCCCCACUCAGCAUCCCUGCAGAGCAAUUCCCGUCCGUGUUGGUUGUUGAACUUCACAACACUUCUGAAGCUGUUAUCAGAUACAUUGGGCCAGAAUAUUCUGGUGCUCUCGAACAAAUGGAAGAUGCAAUGAAAGAGUACUACACUUACACUGGUGAGCUGAUACCAAUGAGUUCGCAAAGUAUUGGACAACUUGUGGCUGUUAGUGCUGAGGAGGAUUCCUGGUUAAGAGCCCAGAUUGUUUCAGUAGAUGCUGCAAAAGUCAAGGUGUUCUUCGUGGAUCAUGGGUUUAAUGAGGUGGUUGACAAGACUAAGUUGUACAAGUUAGAUGCAAGAUUUUCCACCUUGUCCUUUCAAGCUGCAAAAUGCAAACUAGCAGGUCUUGAAACAUUCUGCAAAGAGCCAUGUGUAUUAGAAACCUUUGAAUUUCUGGCCAGUGGAAAGAUACUGCUGAUGGAAAUUUUAGAAAGAAGUGAGGUCCCACUUGUUCUUCUGUAUGACACUUCAGGAGAUGAUGAUUUUAACAUCAAUUCUGCAUGUUUGAAGGCUUUGCAUGACAAGACACUUGAGCUGAAUUUAAAGGAAAAUGGUGUGUACCUGAAUGUAGUGGUUACAAAUGUCUGUUCGGAUGGGACCAUCUUCUGUCAAGUGCCCUCAAAAGGGUGGACCCAGCUCAAUGCCUUACUGGAAAAAGUUGAGCACUAUUUUAACUAUCGGCAAAUCACAUCGGACUAUUUUGUCUCAUUACCUUUCUGUGGUAAGCGCUGUUUAGCGCGAUGGCGAGGGAAAUGGGCACGAGUUGAGAUUACCAAUGUACAUGGGACAAGAGUUGUGGACAUUCUGUUCUUAGAUACUGGAAUAGUUGCAUCAAUUGCAGUGUCAGAGCUAAGGGAAAUUCCAUCUCCACUUCUUCAUGAUUUUGUAUCCAUUCCACCGCAGGCCAUAAAAUGCUGCUUAGCAGACCUCACGUUUAAUAUAGGCAUGUGGACUCCGGAUGCAGUACUGUGGCUUAGAGACACUGUGUUAAACUGCUGUGAUUGCAGCAUUAAGGUUGUGAAAGUUGAUGAAGCUAAAGGACUAGUUCAUAUUUACUUAUUUACUUCAAAGAAUUUUCCUAAUCCAGAGCGGAGCAUUAAUCAUAAAAUAACAAAUGCAGACCUGUGGAAGCACAGGAAGGAUGUUUACCUGAGUGUUGAACGGAAUUCUACUACUAGCUUUCCAAGCAAUAAGGGUGAUGCAAAUAUUGCCUCAGAAUUUGACACUAAAAGCCCAGUUAAGGACUUUGGGAUUGCAUCUAUCAAGAUGAUUGCCCCACACAUUGUUCACAAUGUGCUUCCUUCUCCAUUUGUUCUGCCACAGCCUGGCGAGCACAUGGAUGUCUUCAUUUCAGUUGCUUGUCAUCCAGGGCACUUUGUUUUUCAGCCCUGGCAGGAACUGUACAAGCUGGAAGUUCUCAUGGAAGAAAUGGUUCUCUAUUACAACAGUACUGACUGCCAAUCUGUGCCAAUAGAAAAGAACAAAAUAUUUGUUGCCCAACUGGAUAACAAGUGGUACCGUGUAUUGGUGAAAGGAAUACUUACAAAUGGUUUGGUGUCAGUGUAUCAAUUGGACUAUGGUCGACAUGAACUAGUGAGUUGUAGGAAAGUUCAGAUGCUGGCACAACAAUUCCGUCAAUUGCCUUUCCAAGCCAUUACAGCACAGUUAGCAGGUGUCAAAUGUGAACAGUGGUCAGAAGAAGCAUCAAUAGUUUUCCGUAACCAUGUUGAGCGAAAGCCUCUUGUGGCCCAAAUACAAUCAGUUCAUGGGAGUGCAUAUCCCUGGGAUAGAAAAGUGGUGACUUACUUGGUGGACACAUCUCUCCCAGACACAGAUGUCUGGAUACAUGAUCUGCUGACAGAGUACCUUGUAGAGCUGUCAAAAGUUGCAUAAUCAUUGUUUACCUUAACAACAUUAUAAAAUAACUUUAACUUCUGACCAUUAGCAAUAACUGAAAUGAGAGCACAAUACUAAUCUAGUUUGCUGUUAUUUACAAGGUUUUCAAAUAACUUGGGGAUGGAAUGUUAGUGAUUCUAAAGAACCUCAUGCUUUGUUUGUAUAAAAAAGAACUUAACCAAAUGACUCUUUUUGUCCACUUACC